AUGACCACACGCCUCACUAUGACCACACGCCUCAACAUGACCACACGCCUCACUAUGACCACACGCCUCACUAUGACCACACGCCUCACUAUGGCCACACGCCUCACUAUGACCACACGCCUCAACAUGACCACACGCCUCACUAUGACCACACGCCCCAACAUGACCACACGCCUCACCACAUGCCUCACUAUGACCACACGCCUCAAUCACACGCCUCAACAUGACCACACGCCUCACUAUGACCGCACACCUCACUAUGACCACACGCCUCAACAUGACCACACACCUCACUAUGACCACACGCCUCACCACACGCCUCACUAUGGCCACACACCUCAACAUGACCACACACCUCACUAUGACCACACGCCUCACCACACGCCUCACUAUGGCCACACGCCUCACUAUGGCCACACGCCUCACUAUGACCACACGCCUCAAUCACACGCCUCAACAUGA